AGCGCGGCAGCUUGGGCCCGCCGCUCCGCAGGGUGGCUGCUGUUGCUGCUGUUGAGGGGCGGCGGCGGCGGCGCACACGGGCGGGAAGGAUGAUGAUGAUUCUACGGCCAGAGCGGCGGAUGCAGAUCGGGAACGAGGUUGACGUUUGGUCCAAGAGACGUGUGUCCCGAAGCAGCCGGCGCUGGUGUCGCUGAGGCAGCGCGGAGGACUGACUGACUGAAGGCGGCGACCCGAGAGCCGGCCCCGGGGGACCGCGCGGUGGACGAGAUGCCGGGGCCGCCGGCUUCCUCGCCGCCGUCGGUGCUGCUGCUGCUGCUCCUCUUGACCGUCGGCAGUUCCCGGGCCGCGCCACUUCCGCAAACAGGUGCCGGAGAAGCACCUGUUGCAGAAGUUCCCUCCCUGUUUGUGAUCCUGUCAGUAUGCAGUUUAAUGAUACUGAUAGUGUUAAUUGCAAACUGUGUUUCCUGCUGUAAGGACCCAGAAAUAGACUUUAAGGAAUUUGAAGAUAAUUUUGAUGAUGAGAUAGAUUUCACACCACCAGCAGAAGAUACCCCCUCCAUCCAGUCCCCUGCAGAAGUCUUCACACUCUCAGUGCCAAAUAUUUCACUCCCAGCUCCAUCCCAGUUCCAGUCUUCUGUGGAAGGUUUGAAGUCUCAAGUUGCCCGUCACAGUCUAAACUAUAUACAGGAAAUUGGAAGUGGCUGGUUUGGAAAGGUCCUCCUGGGAGAGACGUACACAGGCACCAGCGUAGCAAGAGUCAUAGUGAAGGAGUUAAAAGCAAGUGCAAGCCCGAAGGAACAAGAUACUUUCCUAAAAAACGGAGAGCCUUACUAUAUUCUUCAGCAUCCAAAUGUUCUUCAGUGUGUCGGGCAGUGUGUGGAAGCAAUUCCCUACCUUCUAGUGUUUGAGUUCUGUGACCUGGGCGACUUGAAGGCUUACCUGCGCAAUGAGCAAGAGCAUGUGCGGGGCGAUUCACAGACCAUGCUGCUGCAGAGGAUGGCGUGUGAGAUUGCUGCAGGGUUGGCAGCCAUGCACAAGCUGCACUUCCUGCACAGUGAUCUGGCCCUACGGAAUUGUUUCCUCACCUCUGACUUAAAUGUCAAAGUGGGCGACUAUGGGAUAGGAUUCAGCAGAUACAAGGAGGAUUACAUUGAGACUGAUGACAAAAAAAUUUUCCCCUUGAGAUGGACUGCUCCAGAAUUAGUGACCAGCUUUCAAGACAGACUCCUUACUGCAGAACAGACAAAAUACAGUAAUAUCUGGUCAUUGGGUGUGACACUUUGGGAACUCUUCAGUAAUGCUGCUCAGCCUUAUGCAAACCUUUCCGACCUGGAUGUUCUCAAUCAAGUCAUUAGAGAGAGGGACACAAAACUCCCAAAGCCCCAGCUGGAGCAGCCUUAUUCUGAUAGAUGGUAUGAAGUGUUACAGUUCUGCUGGCUGGCUCCUGACAAGAGGCCAGCCGCAGAAGAUGUGCACCGACUACUCACUUACCUGCGGAUGCAGAGCCAGAGGGACUCAGAGGUCGACUUUGAACAGCAGUGGACCGCUCUCAAGCCAAACACCAGCAGCAGGGACACAUCAAAUAGCGCAGCCUUCCCCAUCCUUGACCACUUUGCCCGGGACCGGCUAGGUCGGGAGAUGGAGGAGGUCCUCACAGUGACUGAGACCAGCCAGGGGCUGAGCUUUGAGUAUGUGUGGGAGGCUGCCAAGCAUGACCACUUUGAUGAGCGAGGUCGGGGCCACCCAGAUGAAGCCUUGUCUUAUUCUAGCAUGUUUUUCCCCGUUGAAGUGUUUGAGAGUUCACUUUCAGAUCCCGGCCCUGGGAAACAAGAUGACAGUGGCCAAGAGAUACCCCUCAGGGCCCCUGGGGUGGUUCCUGUGUUUGACGCGCACAACCUCUCUGUUGGGAGUGACUAUUACAUCCAGUUGGAAGAGAAAAGCAGUAGUAAUUUAGGGCUGGAUUAUCCACCUGCACUGCUUACAACUGAAGUGGAUAAUCCAGAAAGGGUUGGAGCUGAGGCACCCCAGUUUACGGCCCUCAAGAACCUCGUGUCUGAGGAGCCCAAUACAGGUGACGAUUUCUUCCAGAGCAGUGCUCACCCCAAAGAGCCCAGCUCUUCUGAGGACUCGCAUGCUGCCAGCAUCUCUGGGAGCCCUUUCAACAUAUUCAGUGAUCUUGACAAAGCAGAUGACUUGCCCAGCCACCAGAAAAUAUUUGACCUAAUGGAACUAAAUGGCGUUCAAGCUGACUUUAAGCCAGCUGCCUUGAGUUCAAGCCUGGAUGACCCCAAAGACACCUGCCACUCAGACAAAGAAAAGUCCCAUAAGCUUUUCGACCAGGACCCUAUGUGUUUAUCAGAAAGUCUUUUGCACCAAGAUCACUUUGAUCCACUGAGUGUUCAAGAAUUGUCAGAAAACUUUUUAUUUCUUCAGGAGAAAAACCUACUGAAAGGCUCACUGCCUAGCAAGGAGCCAGUGAAUGAUCUUCAGACAGAACUUAAGAAUGCAGGUUUUACCUCAGCACUGUUAGAUUCACCCCAGAGAGGCUCUCGGGGUUCUGAAAUUGAGUGUCCUGAGAAUACACUAGGCUUUCCUCUGUCACAGGAGAACAUGAGCGGAGAGAAUGAAGGUACAGGCGUCAUGCUUCAGGAUGAUAUGUCACAACAGGCCUCCCCAGAAGUACAGGUACCUCUGGCCUCACUCACAGAAGAAGCAUCUCCUAAUGGCCCCGUAGAUACAGUUCUGAAAGUAGGAGAAACCAAAGCAUUUGUAGAUGUCAGAGUCCCUGAGGACUCCGUAUGCCUGGAUCUAAGCCCCAACCCCAUGGCUGCCCCAGAUGAAAUUCCUUCUACUGAUGCCAAGUCUCAUGAUGAGGACACUGGGCCCCCAGACAUCACUUGCCAAAGCAAGGAGGCCUUGAACCUAACCAAAAGAGACUCCAUCCUUGUGAAUGAUGGUCUUGCUGGUCAGGGUAGCAGGGGGAGUAGUCUUCCAGAAUCUAGACAGGAUUUACAAAAUCAGCCAUUUUCAGAAGACCUGCUUAGUGGCAGCACAGUGGAGAGAAGUCCGGUAGCUGUGGAGACUGUGAGUCAGCUUAAUUACAAGGCUGUCCCCAAAGAUGCUGCCUCUGCCCUUUCCUCGGACUCCACCAGCCAAGACAGCCUCUUAGAAGACAGUUUGUCAACACCCAUCCCCACCUCAGAACAGUCUGUGGAGACACCAGACUCCCUGGAUUCAGUAGAUGUCCAUGAAGCAUUACUACAGUCCUUAGACUCCCACACCCCUCAGAAACUCCUGCCCCCUGAUAAGCCUGCAGACAGUGGUUAUGAAACAGAGAACCUGGAGUCUCCUGAGUGGACCCUGCAUCCUGCAUCUGAGGGUGCUUCUGAUUCAGACGCGGCUGCGGCAGGUGACAGUGGCCAGAACAGUUUGCCUCCCAACCCAGUCAUUGUCAUCUCAGAUGCAGGCGAUGGCCACAGGAGUGCUGAAGGUCCUCCUCAGAGCUUUACACUCGGCACCCAGAGUUCGUAUCGAGACUCUGCGUACUUCUCAGAUAAUGACUCAGAGCCAGAUAAAAAGCCUGAGGAGGUCCCAGUAUCAACUGCCUCUGCCCUGGCCUUGGUAAAAGACCAGUCCCCAUCUGAAACUGUUGUCCCAGAGGAAAGCUCUGACAUGGGAGACAGCUGUCUGGAAGCCCCACAGAACAAGCCAGAUCAAAGUGAGGUGUCUGCUGUGCAGAAUUCUUGUCACUCAGAAUUACAAGAAAUGUUGCAGCCCACACCAGCUGAUGGUUCCAGAGAGACGUUUCCUGUGGAUGAUGAAGCCAAUAGCCCCUUGAGUUUGUUGAAUUCAGAACUUAGCAGCUGUGAUGACCUGGAGACACAGGAAGAUCGCCCAUGCACCCUGGCCUCUACUGGCACCAACACCAAUGAACUCCUUGCAUACACAAGUUCCACACUGGAUAAAUCCAUGUCCAGCCCCUUCGAGGGCCCCAAGCUUAAGGAGCCAGACAUUGAAGGGAAAUACCUGGGCAAACUGUGUGUGUCUGGGAUGCUGGACCUCUCAGAGGAUGGGAUGGACGCAGACGAGGAAGAUGAGAACAGUGAUGACUCGGACGAGGACCUGCGGGCCUUCAAUUUGCACAGCCUUAGCUCUGAGUCAGAAGACGACACAGAGCACCCUGUGCCCAUUAUCGUCAGUAAUGAUGAUGGCAGGCACUUGCGGAGUUUGUUGAAACCCUCAGCCACUGAGACUCCUGAGCAGCUGCCAGAUGAGUGGAAGAAGGAAAAGAAGGCAGUGACAUUUUUUGAUGAUGUCACUGUUUACCUGUUUGACCAGGAAACUCCCACCAAAGAGCUGGGGCACUGUGGAGAAGAAGCACACGGUCCUGGGCCCAGCAGCCCAGCAGCAUCCUCAGGCUCACCUUACCUGGGCAGGUGCAUGAAUUCGGAGAGCUCCACAGAUGAAGAAGGUGGAGGCUUUGAAUGGGAUGAUGACUUCUCUCCAGAUCCUUUCAUGUCAAAAACAAGCCUUCUGGGUUCCAAGCCUUCUCUUCAAAGCUCCAAAUACUUUUCUCCCCCACCACCUGCCAGGAGUGCAGAGCAGAGCUGGCCACACGUGUCUCCCUGCUCCAGGUUUUCCAUCUCUCCUGCCAACAUUGCCAGCUUCUCUCUCACACACCUCACGGACUCAGACAUUGAACAAGGAGGCAGCAGUGAGGAUGGAGAGAAGGAUUAGGCGGCUGUGGACACACUCUCCUGGCCCAAGCAGCAUUCCUGAGCAUCCGCCUGAGCAACGACAUCAACUCCUUGGUGGCUGCACCAGACACUGAAAGACUCAGGAGUGAUGGGGAGCCAGGCCACCAGGCCAGGAAGCCAGCUACUCAUGCACUAGAAGUGCUCUGUGCUGGGCACCCUGUUGGGGUGGCUGUACUGCCACACGUCUUCGACGCAUGAGUGUUGGGGGACCUGUGCACCCCAGUCAUGGGUCUGCUUUCUGUGUGGGUGUCUUCCCCACCACACCUGGGCCUGUACUUUGGGCACAGGUGCCACAAAGGGGUACACCAGGGAAAUGGGCACAAGUGAGCCAUAUUUAUUAUUUUUAAGGAAAUCACUAAUUGCUCUCUGACUGCACUGUGGGUGAGUGUUUGAGCUCCCAAUAUUGUAUAGCAUCGUAAAUUAUACAAGGAAAACAUGGCAGGCCAAGAUGGUGCUGUCCACUGGUUUGAUUUUUUUUUUUUUUUCCCCGUCUUCUCCCGUGUUUGCAUGGUACUGUAAAGCUUCAAUAGUUUGAGUGUUAUGUCUUGAGACCUGUGGGAACUGUACACAGGUACUCUUUCCCAGGCCAUGCGGAUCUGGGUGUUUGUGUUCUAUGUUCCUAGAGGAAAUAUUUUUGAUGAGUUCCAA